GGCGACUUUCAAGACUUUCGCGACGACUUCCUUCCAUCGGCGAUCCGCAGCCGCAAUGCUUGUUGUAACACAAGCCAAUGGUGGCACCAUGAUCCUAUAAUAAGCACUCCGCAACCGAUCGACCGCUGAAUCAAUCAUGCUGCGCCACAUACGCAAGGAAGUUCCACCAACGUCUCUCACCGUAGAGGACGGUUGUGAGCCUCCCCAGCAUGACGCAGGGCCUUGUUUGGCCAUGAGCCUCCAGAACCCGUCCUUGAAUUUUGCUCGCAUCUUGGUCCUGACGGCAAGCUCAGUUUAUGGAAGCAAUUUCGCCAUUGUCAAGAUGUUGGACCAUGAAAUGCCUGUUUCUGUAUCUGCCAUGCUGCGGUUUGGUCUGGCAGCCACUGUAGUGACAGUCCUCACUGCCACGUGCAAUGCUAAAGGAGGACGAAGAGGAGAGCCAAUGGCAGCAGUGGCGGGACUGGAAAUUGGGGUUUGGUAUUGCUUGGGAUAUCUAGCACAAGCCCUGGGUCUGGAAUCCACGGAUGCCAGCAAGAGUGCCUUCUUCAAUGCUCUGGCGGUCAUUGUUGUGCCCAUUCUCGAUUCUCUCUUUCGAGGCAAGCGGCUGGGCUUACAUGGCUUCUCUUCAGUGGCAUUUGCCUUGUUAGGAGUGUGCAUGUUAGAGUUGGGUCCUGCCAUGGCAUCAGGAAAAGUCAUGCGGGUGACACGGGGGGAAGCCUAUUGUUUGGCUCAAGCCAUUGCUUUUGGGAUCGGAUACUGGCGUCUAGAACACAUCUCCACCAAAUACCCUGCCCAAGCAGGUCUCAUCACUGUGGGACAACUCGUGGGAGUAGCUCUGGGAUCGACCUUGUUUUGUGUGCUCAUGCAGCAGUUUCCCACUUUGGUUCAACUGCAAGGCUGGCUCUCCAAUGGAUUCACAGUCGCUUCCUUGGUUUGGACCGCUUUAAUAUCCACCGCUCUUGCCCUGUAUUUGGAGACUGUGGCACUCAAGACUCUUUCAGCAUCUGAAAUGACAGUCCUCAUGACUAGUGUGUCGCUCUUCGGGUCUGCUUUUGCCUAUCUUACCAUGGGAGAAACCAUGUCCCGUAUCGGAAUGUUAGGAGGGCUCCUCAUCCUUGUGGGUUGCAUCUCCUCCUCGCUUGGUGGUGGUAGUAGCUCCAAAAGCGACCAAAUCAACAACUCUCAGAUUCCAAACAAGAAGGAUGCCUCAUUUUGGCUGACACCCAUUGACGUACUGGAGAUGAUGGUCGAUCAUCCAGCCAUUGGUUGGUGGUACACAAUCUACUCCGAACUGAAAAGGGAUCGACACGAGAUGUCGAAACAGAGCUCCCCUCACCCCACCACACCAGCUAGGAUCUGUUGCUAUUCUAUGGCUGCCUAUGUUGUUAUGCAUAGUGCUAGGAUUGCUGUGCGGUAGAACAGUAACUUAAUUAAGAGAGGGAACAGCCAAAGC